AUGCCCUCUUUACUUGAAGGAAACCGCUACAGUGAUACAGACCUGAUACAAACCUGGAUCAACAUUUCAUUUGGUACCCUUCACAUGACUGGAAAAAUGGAGAAACUAUAUAGUUUAUUAGAGUUAUAUAUCAAAGGUUAUGGAGCUCCGAAACUGAGGCAACUUGCAGACAGAGUUGCAGCUGCUGGAUAUGAUGAGCAAGCGGUUGAUUUUGCUAAACAAGUUAUUCAGGCUCUGAAAGAGAAGGGUGUAACUAAAAUUGGGGCUGCAGGUUUUUGUUGGGGCGCUAAGGUGGUUGUGGAGCUAGCAAAGGAUGGUGAAAUACAAUUUGCUGCACUCCUGCAUCCUUCGUUUGUCACUUUAGAUGAUAUCAAGGGGGUUAAGGUCCCUAUAGGGAUACUAGGUGCCGAGAUCAACAAACGAUCUCCACCAGAACUCGUCAAAGAAUUUGAGGCUGCCCUCUUAUGUCAUAUUUUGUUUUUUAAUCGAUAA